GCCAGGACAGGAGGCUGGGGCUUGGAGGAGGUCUGGGGACAGAAAUGGGUGAGCCAGAGAACCGCGGCGGGUGUUUGCGGUCUGGUUAGUUGGUAGGAUCCAGAGGUGUUAAGUUUGAGUCCAGUAAGGGCUGGGCGGGGAGGAAGGGUCUCGAGGAGGCCUAGGGGUGCGUAGCUGGUGGAGGAGAGCUGGACUGCGACCCAGGGCCAGGAGGAGAGUGAGCAGUAGCCGGGCGCGUGAGGCGAAGAUGGGCAGGCAGGCGGGCUGAAGUGUGAGGCUGGUGUGAAGAAGUAAAGCAGGGUCCAGGUGGAGGUGGGGAAAGUCUAUUGGUGGCAGCAUCUCAGGUGCAAGGCCGGCACAGGCUGAGGGUGGCCCAGGGUGAGUGUGUGGAGAGCCGGACCCCACAGCGAGACCCUAGGCCAGGUCAAGGCAGUGGCCCCAUGAGGGAAACCCUUCCUUGGGGUCCCUGAAGCCAUGCUGUCCCGCAAGGGCAUCAUCCCCGAGGAGUAUGUGCUGACUCGUCUGGCAGAGGACCCCACAGAGCCCCGAUACCGCGCCCGAGAGCGGAGGGCCCGCUUUGUGUCCAAGAAAGGCAACUGCAACGUGGCCCACAAGAACAUCCGGGAGCAGGGCCGCUUCCUGCAGGACGUGUUCACCACGCUGGUGGACCUCAAGUGGCCGCACACGCUGCUCAUCUUCACCAUGUCUUUCCUGUGCAGCUGGCUGCUCUUUGCCAUGGUCUGGUGGCUCAUUGCCUUUGCCCACGGUGACCUGGCCCCUGGCGAGGGCACCACGGUGCCCUGUGUUACCAGCAUCCACUCCUUUUCAUCCGCGUUCCUUUUCUCCAUCGAGGUCCAGGUGACCAUCGGUUUUGGUGGGCGCAUGGUGACCGAGGAGUGCCCGCUGGCCAUCUUGAUCCUCAUUGUGCAGAACAUUGUGGGGCUCAUGAUCAACGCCAUCAUGCUGGGCUGCAUCUUCAUGAAGACCUCCCAGGCGCAUCGGCGGGCAGAGACCCUCAUCUUCAGCAAGCAUGCGGUCAUUGCUCUGCGCCACGGCCGCCUCUGCUUCAUGCUGCGCGUGGGUGACCUCCGGAAAAGCAUGAUCAUCAGUGCCACCAUCCACAUGCAGGUGGUCCGAAAGACCACGAGUCCCGAGGGCGAGGUGGUCCCCCUCCACCAGGUGGACAUCCCCAUGGAGAACGGUGUGGGGGGUAACAGUAUCUUCCUGGUGGCCCCGCUCAUCAUCUACCAUGUCAUCGAUGCCAACAGUCCACUCUACGACCUGGGACCCAGUGACCUGCACCACCACCAGGACCUCGAGAUCAUCGUCAUCCUGGAAGGUGUGGUGGAAACCACGGGCAUUACCACCCAGGCCCGCACCUCCUACCUGGCUGACGAAAUUCUGUGGGGCCAUCGCUUUGUCCCCAUCGUGGCAGAGGAGGAUGGCCGCUAUUCGGUGGACUAUUCCAAGUUUGGCAACACCAUUAAAGUGCCCACACCACUCUGCACAGCUCACCAGCUUGACGAGGACCACAGCCUGCUCGAUGCCCUGACUCUUGCCUCGACCCGUGGGCCCCUGCGCAAGCGCAGUGUGCCUGUGGCCAAGGCCAAACCCAGGUUCAGCAUCUCUCCGGAUUCCCUGUCCUGAGUCACGGUCCCUGGGGCUCUGCCGCAAAUGUGUGUGCUCGGGCAGUGUGUUGUGGUAUGUAGAGUGGGUGAGAUGUGGGGCACCUGGCCAUGCAGGAGCCUGGAGUGAGGAUGGACCCUCCUUGGCUCAGCCUCCCCCUGCUGCGUGACCAGGAUGUUACAAGGCACUUGUCACUACGCUAUUUCUGGCCUCAGCAAGAGUCUAUACCAGGUUAUUUUUGUCCCUGCUCCUCCUAGCCCCAGCUCAGGAGUGGCUUACCCCUCUUUCCCUGCCCAAAGCUGGGGAGGCUGUGGGAAUUGCUAGACCCUAAAGCCGGGUCCCCAACCCCGUGAUUGGCCUGCCACAAGCAGAAAGUGGCUGGGGAAGACGGCCCCUGAGUUGUGGAACUGCUGCUUUGUUUCUGUGCUCUUGAGAAAGAGCUGAGACCAGCUCCCGGCCUCCUUGGUCUCUGAAGUGAUGAGCUAAGGGGUGGACCUGACCAGUCAGGGAGGGGGAGACAGAGACCGCCAGCUGCUGUGCAAACAGAGCCAGGCUGGGGCUGACAGGGCUCCCAUCUGUGGGCAGGCACAGGCCAGAAAAGGGGAUAUAGUGGGGCGGUGUAGGUGGGGCUGCAGGACAUGAGGAGGUUCUGCGGAGGCUCUGAGAGGAAAAGAUGGACCUGGCUCCCAACUCUUCACCCCUAACACCAGGCUUCUGCAGAGAGGGCUCCGUGGGCUAGGGGUACUGGGCCCAUUCUGUUCCCACCUUGAGAGGCUGGAGUGUGCUGGGCAGACCCCGACAAGCUGAGUAGAGAGACUGAGGUGAUGUGAACCACAUAUAAUGGGCCUCGCACUGAACUUCACUCCUGGCUCACCAGUGACAGCUGUAAUUUGUGUCGUCUGUCCAGAAGGAGCCUGUGGUAGCGGUAUGGAGCUGCUUUCUGGUUGCUGAAAAGUGGGUGUUGGAAAGUUGAGGAUGUUGGGAUGGAUGGAUCCCCCACGGAAAAGAAAUCUUUUGGCUUGACCUGAGCCUGGACUCUCAGAGCAGUGCUGUGUCCUUGCCCACAAUUCUGCCUUCCCCAUUGCCAAUAAAGUCUGCACCUCCAUA